AUGUCCGAGCCUUCUAAGAUCUCUAGUGCACAAGAGAUUGAAGAAAGACUUAAACGUUUGAAGAAUCCUCCACAACUUAAGUACAGAAGAACUUCUCCUUUGAAUUUCAAGGCAUACACUUUUAACGAUCAAGGGAAGAGGAUCCUGCAGUCUUCAGAGGAAUCUACAUCACCUACACCUACUCCAUCUCCACCAUCACUUACGCCAUCACCACUUGUAUCAUCCAACCCACCACCAUCUCGGAUCUCAUCACCUCUCUCACCUUCACCACCAUUUACGCCACCCCCUGAAGAAGAGUUUGAAAUGGCUGGUCUUGGAGGAAAUAAUGAGGCUAAUCAGAGUAUCAAGGACCUCUCUACAUCCACUGUUGAAGGAGGGCUUCCUCGUUCCAUUGUUUUCCUAGCUGCUGCAGACGGCAAGUCUCAACUUUGA